CCUUCCUUUCUGUACACCUUGCGGUAGGCAGAGCGAGGCAGCCCCGGCAGCAGCUCCGGGUUUGUGCUCGCCGAGAGGGGACUUAGGGACCCGCAGACGGACGGACUGACUGGCGGAGAGGACCCUCCCCGUGUCCCCGCGCCAUGGCCGAGAGGAAGCAGUCUGGGAAGGCGGCAGAGGACGAAGAGGUCCCUGCCUUCUUUAAAAACCUGGGCUCGGGCAGCCCCAAGCCCCGGCAGAAAUUCUGUGGCAUGUUCUGCCCAGUGGAAGGGUCCUCGGAGAACAAGACCAUCGAUUUCGACUCGUUGUCGGUGGGCCGGGGCUCGGGGCAGGUGGUGGCUCAGCAGCGGGACGUCGCCCACUUGGGCCCGGACCCGCAGCCGCCCUACUCCCGCCAGGGCCGGCGUGCCGGCGGGGAGCCAUCUGUUGAAUCGGGCCGGAAGGUGGAGAUCCGGCGGUCCUCGGGCAAGGAGGCUCUGCAGAACCUCAACGACCAGAGUGAUCGUCUUCUGAUCAAAGGAGGUAAAAUUGUUAAUGAUGAUCAGUCGUUCUAUGCAGACAUAUACAUGGAAGAUGGGUUGAUCAAGCAAAUAGGAGAAAACCUGAUCGUGCCAGGAGGGGUGAAGACCAUCGAAGCGCAUUCCAGAAUGGUGAUUCCUGGAGGAAUUGAUGUCCACACUCGUUUCCAGAUGCCUGACCAGGGAAUGACCUCUGCCGAUGACUUCUUUCAGGGCACCAAGGCAGCCCUGGCCGGGGGGACCACCAUGAUCAUUGACCACGUUGUUCCCGAGCCUGGGACGAGCCUGCUGGCCGCCUUCGACCAGUGGAGGGAAUGGGCCGACAGCAAGUCCUGCUGUGACUACUCUCUGCACGUGGACAUCACCGAGUGGCAUAAGGGCAUCCAGGAGGAGAUGGAGGCGCUGGUGAAGGACCACGGGGUCAACUCCUUCCUCGUGUACAUGGCUUUCAAAGAUCGCUUCCAGCUAACGGAUUCCCAGAUUUAUGAAGUACUGAGUGUGAUCCGGGAUAUUGGUGCCAUAGCCCAAGUCCACGCGGAAAACGGCGACAUCAUUGCAGAGGAACAGCAAAGGAUCCUGGAUCUGGGCAUCACAGGCCCUGAGGGACACGUGCUGAGCCGGCCUGAGGAGGUCGAGGCGGAAGCCGUGAAUCGUUCCAUCACCAUUGGCAACCAGACCAACUGCCCUCUGUACAUCACCAAGGUGAUGAGCAAGAGCGCGGCUGAAGUCAUUGCCCAGGCCCGGAAGAAGGGAACUGUGGUGUACGGCGAGCCCAUCACCGCCAGCUUGGGGACUGACGGCUCUCACUACUGGAGCAAGAACUGGGCCAAGGCCGCUGCCUUUGUCACCUCGCCACCCCUGAGCCCGGAUCCAACCACUCCAGACUUUCUCAACUCCCUGCUGUCCUGUGGAGACCUCCAGGUCACUGGCAGUGCCCACUGCACUUUCAACACUGCCCAGAAAGCCGUAGGAAAGGACAACUUCACCCUGAUUCCCGAGGGCACCAACGGCACGGAGGAGCGGAUGUCCGUCAUCUGGGACAAGGCUGUGGUCACUGGGAAGAUGGACGAGAACCAGUUUGUGGCUGUAACCAGCACCAAUGCAGCCAAAGUCUUUAACCUUUACCCCCGGAAAGGCCGCAUCGCUGUGGGAUCUGACGCCGAUCUGGUCAUCUGGGACCCUGACAGCAUCAAAACCAUCUCUGCGAAGACACAUAACAGUUCUCUGGAGUACAACAUCUUCGAGGGCAUGGAGUGCCGGGGCUCCCCUCUGGUGGUCAUCAGCCAGGGGAAGAUUGUCCUGGAGGACGGCACUCUGCACGUCACCGAGGGCUCAGGGCGCUACGUUCCCCGGAAGCCCUUCCCCGACUUUGUUUACAAGCGCAUCAAGGCAAGGAGCAGGCUGGCAGAGUUAAGAGGAGUCCCUCGCGGCCUGUAUGACGGACCUGUGUGCGAGGUGUCCGUGACGCCCAAGACGGUCACUCCAGCCUCCUCAGCCAAGACGUCUCCCGCCAAACAGCAGGCCCCGCCUGUCCGGAACCUGCACCAGUCUGGAUUCAGCUUGUCUGGCGCUCAGAUUGAUGACAACAUCCCCCGCCGUACCACCCAGCGCAUCGUGGCGCCCCCUGGUGGCCGUGCCAACAUCACCAGCCUGGGCUAGAGCUCUGGCCUGCAGGCCACUUGGGAAUGGGGGAUGGGACACCUGAGGACAUUCUGAGACUUCCUUCCUUCUCCUUCUCCUUCUUCUUCUUCUUCCUCUUUUUUUUUUUUUUUUU